CCAGGCAGACUCAAAACGCGACGACGGUAUCGCGGAGCGGCUGUCGGUACCGCUUCUGCCGAGGGACGGACCAGCUUCUCCGGGGGCUGCGAUUGAAAGUUUCGCAGCCAGAUGGAUAAUGGAGACUGGGGCCAGAUGAUGGGUGACCCAGUCACUCUUAAUGUUGGAGGACAUCUGUAUUCAACAUCAAUUUCUACUCUCACGAGGUACCCAGACUCCAUGUUGGGUGUAAUGUUCAGGGGAGAUUUCCCCACUGCCAAAGACUCCCAAGGAAAUUAUUUCAUUGAUAGAGAUGGACCUCUCUUCAGAUACAUCUUGAACUUUCUAAGGACAGCAGAUCUGACACUACCUCAUGGCUUUAAAGAAAUUGAUCUCCUUAGAAAAGAGGCUGAUUUUUAUCAGAUAGAACCUUUAAUUCAUUGUCUAAAUGACCCUAAGCCCCUUUAUUCAUUAGAUACCUUUGAGGAGGUGGUGGAACUGUCUAGCACACGCAAACUUUCCAAAUAUUCCAAUCCAGUAGCUGUUAUAAUAACACAAUUGACAAUCACAACGAAAGUGCAUGCUCUCCUUGAGGGUAUCUCAAACUAUUUCACAAAAUGGAACAAACACAUGAUGGAUACCAGAGAUUUUCAGGUGUCCUUCACAUUUGGACCCUGUGAUUAUCACCAGGAGGUGUCUCUUCGUGUUCAUCUGAUGGAAUACAUUGCAAAGCAGGGCUUUACUAUUAGAAUGACGAGGGUACAUCAUAUGAGUGAGAGAGCAAAUGAGAACACUGUAGAACACAACUGGACUUUCUGCAGACUAGCCCGGAAAACUGAUGAAUGAGCAUCUUCACAGUACCAAAUGCUAGCUACCCCAUGACAGCAUUGGAUGGCUGUAUAGAUAAACAUUUAUUUGAAUAUCCAGGUAACCAUGUUCUGCAGCUCAGUAAUAUUCUGUACAUAUCCAUAUUCCUGUGCAUACUGUAAUCAAAUUCUGUUCAAAUGGAGUGUAAGAUGCAUAUUCCUGUAAUAUUGAAAUUUUGAUUAACAUUUUAAACCACUUGCUGGUUUUGUUUUCUAAUACUGAUGUACUUUUCUGUUGGUUCUCCUUAUGAAAUAAAUAGUUUAAUAAAGUAUGGUUCUUUGCUGUUCUAUAAAUAAUAUCUGCAAGUCCAAAAUAUUUUGAGGUAGUCUGUGAAAGUAUGGGUGCAGAUGAAUAUGAUGAUAACAUUCUUGUGGCUCUUUCAGUGCAUGCGAACCCAUUUCAGUGGUAUAGAUUUUGAAUGAGUCAUUGCACUGAUGCUUCAUUGUUUAUAAUGUUCUUUGCAAAAUUCUUCAAUUUACAGAUGUGCAUUCAUCUCUACAGGUAUUUGGAAGUUAGUUUUAAGCAAAAAGUUGAGCCUUUAAAUGUUCCAGCAGGUUCGUGUAUCAUAUAGUAAUUUCAAUGGGAAGAGCUAGGAUUUUGGAUGAACAUAGUAGUUCUAAUCAGUAUUGCUUAUACACUACUACAUGAAUCUUGAACCUUUGCAUGAAUCACUUGAUAAUUUGUAGUUAAAUUUCAAUAUAAACAUGUCUUUAGGCCACAGGAAAUAUGUCAUCUUUGUAUUACAUCCAUAUUCAGUGCCAUUUUAAAUAUUAUCUACUUCUAAACAUCCAUGAUAGUUGUGUACAUGAAGUAGUGUUACUAAUAAUAUACAUAAUCAGAUCCAUCCCAGACUACAAACCAAUUUCAUUAGAUUAUUUAGAACUGAAUGAAAUCCCAUUCAUAGCAUAAUCCAGGGGUUCCCAAUCUGGGGUCCGUGGACUCCCUCAGUUGAUGGUAGGGCUCCACAGCAUAGAGGUUGGGAACCUUUGGCAUAAUCUAUCAAACCUGUGUUGAACUUUGUGCAGCUGGCAAACAGAAUUUUCACUUAACUUUUGCUUUAAUGUCUGAAAUUUAAGAAUAACAUUGCUAACUGCAGUUGGCUGUGUAGGAUUUCAAAUUAUUAAUGUUUGAUCUUGCUGGUCUUAGUCUUAUGGUGGUUUCAUGCAAUAGCAACCAGCUUUCCAGGAAAGUCAGCAGUGUAUUUUGAUCUAUUUGAAUAUUCAAUGUGAAAAAUUUAACACUUGUGGACCUUUCAAAUCCGUAACUACAGGGGAAGGGGAUCAAUGUAAACAUUUGA